ACAUAAGCAAAAUAUUGAAGCCAUAGAUAGCAUCGAUGGGGCUUAUGGUCAAUAUUGUGAUGUCUCCCUGCGGAGAAUUCUGGGGAAGGAAAUGGAAUUUACUAGACAUAGUCACUGCAGUUGUGUUUUUCAGUCUUCAUUGCCUUUGUGUGAUGGCGCCGUUUCAUUUCACCUGGCCUGCCUUUCGGGUGGCCUGUGCUCUCUAUCUUGUGACGGGUUUAGGAGUGACUUUGUCUUUCCAUAGAAAUCUUGCUCACAAGAGCUUUCGUAUUCCGAAAUGGCUCGAGUACUUGUUUGCCUACUUCGGGGUUCUCUCACUUCAGGGAAGUCCAAUAGAAUGGGUGAGCUCACACAGAUAUCACCACCAGUUUACUGAUACUGAGAAAGAUGUUCAUAGCCCUCUUCAAGGUUUUUGGUUUAGUCACAUGGGUUGGAUCCUCGAUAGUGGCUCUCGGUUUGGAAAAUAUGGAGGACUGAAGAACGUUGAAGAUUUGAAAAGGCAACCCUUCUAUAGGUUUCUUCAUCGCACUUUUCUUCUGCAUUCUGUUGUCCUACUUGGAAGUUUACUAUAUGUCAUGGGUGGAUUUCCCUUCCUGGCAUGGGGACUGGGGGUGAGGAUGGUAUGCGUUUUCCAUAGUACUUUGUUAGUAAAUUCAGCUGGUCACAUUUGGGGAAAACAAGUAUAUCUCACUGGUGAUAUGUCAAGGAACAAUUGGUGGUUGGGAUUGUUUGCACUUGGAGAAGGAUGGCACAACAAUCACCAUGCUUUUGAUUUCUCAGCUCGACAAGGUUUUGAAUGGUGGCAGAUUGAUGUUACUUGGUAUGUGAUAAGAUUUUUACAAGCAAUUGGAUUGGCAAAAGAUGUGAAAACUCCAACUGAAGCCCAGAAGCGAAGAAAAGCUCUACACAGUAAAGUCAUGGCUGCUGAGAAUUAGGGUUCAAAACGUUUGCCUCCUGUCCGCCAAAGACAGAAAAAAGAAGUUCAAUCUGCUAUGUGAUGUGACAGAUAAAGUUUACCAUGUGGUUAAUAUUCAAAAACUGGUCACGCAAGAACUAUUUAAAAACUUUGUGUUCGUAGUUUUGAUAUAUAAUUACUAAGUUGAAUGAUAUUUUUACUUUUUCUUUUCGCACAUCAUUGA